AUGCGGUUACCAGUCACCGAAGUAUUCGCUAUAAUUUUAGCUGUGGUAACGAUUUUCCAUCCUGUCGAUGGUAAGGACCCAUGGUUAUAUGACACAGGUAAUUUGUUGAGCAGUGUAAUAGAAAUCACUUCUGAUUACUCAGAACUUCGAUGGAGAAUGGAUAGUAGAGAUGAUGGGUGUCCUCGUGAAAUGGGAAAGUGGCACUGCUAUAUGCUACUAUUCACCAAGAUGAUUCCAGUGCUUGAGCAGUUUCUAAUCAGAAGUAAACUGCACGAAGAAGCGCCCAAUAGAUAUGCAAUGUACAUUUAUUAUAACCUUCACAGUAUGAAAUAUGACAAUUUACCAGACCUAAUAAAACAAAAAUUCCUGGAUAGCCCAAGUCUUAAAAGAAAAUACAACUCUGAUUUUGUACGCCUGGUUGGAAACCUCAUAGAUGAUGUUUAUCCGGUUACCCAGAAAGAUCCGUCGCUUCAAAAAAGCGGGUAUGUUUUUCCCUUAAAAAGAGAGUGCGCUAAACUACCAACCCGAAAUGUCCCAGCAUUAUUAGUCAAGAACGUUUGCCCGACCCUUUCGAACUGCGCCAUUUCCUUUUAUUCAAGUUCCACCAAUGCGUGCGGAGAAAACAACGAAUGCGACGUAGAGAAGGCCAUUCCUCUGAUGAUCGGAGUGAUUUGGUAUAAAAUAAUCUUUGCAAUCGUGGACAAAUUUUGUCCCGACAGAUGCUCUGGAGAGAAUGGAUGUGACAUGCAGGAAACGCUAGACAGCAUUGCUAAACAGGUGGAUAUGGUAAAAAACUUCCUGAGUAUGCUCCCAUUGAAACAAUUUGAUCACUUUUACAAAGACGCCCUUACAAGAAGAGCUUACUCUCAAAUAGGAGAAGCCAUGAAGAUUAUCAGCGAAAACGAAGAGAAUUUUUCCAGGGCCGGUUAUGCUUGUCGAGAAAUAAAAGCUCCAGCGGGUUGUGAAGUUAUGGAGUUUUAUUCAAGUUACCUUUUACUAAAGAAACUUAAGAAUGAACGACUUCAAAAAGGAAAUACCAGGGAUCUUACUUUGCAUGAGAAUGUGGACCACGCCAAAAUAAUUCAGCUGAAACACGAAGCUAUUAAACAUACCCAGGUGUUGAGCGCCAUUGAUCAGCUAAACAAAAACAUGGAAGCACAUGUCAAAGGUAUUUCUUCUUACUUCCAAGGCAUCGCGAAGUUUGAUCAAGGCAUAGCAAACGCUGACGUGGCGUUUAUAGGAGGCAAACUUGACGAAUUUAAUAAUAGAUACACUGCGCUGCAAAACAAGGUAAAAGACGACGUUAAAGCGGCAAUGAUUGCGAUGACAAGCCUUUUGUCGAUUCAGUUGGUCGAGGAGACGGUAGCUCUCGUUACGAAGAUAUUGGAGGAGUCAAAUCCCAUUUCAGUGAUAUUCACCGGCGUUGAUACAAAGGGAAUACGAGACCAGGCCAAGGUCGUUGCAGAUACAGCAGCAAAAUUAGCACACGGAAUUACACUCGUUGUAAAAUUGGGUGAGCUCGCUACCGAUACAGAAAAGAUUGGAACUGACCUGCAAGACAACCGAAAGCAACUGGCAUCAUUGAAGACAAUGGUUAACAAGAUAAAGAGUAACUCGGGAGACACCAUUGGUGAUGAUGCAGAGGAGUUUAUCGAAAACUACUCUAAUUACCAGCCAAAAGUAGACAGGCAACGGAUGAGGGGUAACAUAGCUUUGUGGGGAGCUUUCAAAGAUUCAACCUGCGAUCUGUUACAAGGGGUACAAGGAAUCGCAGGGUCCACAGGAAAGGCUGUUGCUAAUGGGUUUCUAUUGUGUGAAAAGUUGGAGGGGACAAUUGCCGAGUUUGACGCCCUGAGGGAGAAUAUUUUUGAAUUUCAAUUUGAGUUAGUGGACAGCCUAUCCAGAGUCGUACGUGGUAAUGUAGCGAAGAAGUUAGCUGCUUCCAUUGGACGGCAAACGAACGAUAUGUUUAAGGCCCAUCAACUUUUAGGCGGAUUUUUGAUGACACAGCUUUUUAUUCAGUCUCAAGCCUUUUUAUACUGCGACAAACUCGAGUAUAGAAACGAAGGACAAACGGUUGGGCCUUGUUCGCCAGAAAGUGGGCUCUUCACCAAUAGUGACUUGGACAAUCUUGUGGCGUUUACAGAUCAUCGACACUACAUCUCGAUCGAACGGACAGUUCAUAUUCCAUCAAGGCCUCAAUACAGCGGGGAUCUGGGUUUCAUUAACGUUUACACGUUAGCAACAAAUAAGACUGUCUCGUUCAGACUACCUCAAAAUCUGACCUGGCUGUAUCAGUUUGACUGGAGUUUGAUUGGCGAGUCGCACGCUGCAUAUGUGGAGAACUUCCAGCUGUUUUUGCCAAACAAAGAAUACAAGACGGGUUCCGAGAAAGUGAAGACAUCAACCCGUAUAGUACUCACAGCCGAAACUGAGACGGGGAGCUUCAUCUCUGCAAACACAAAUAACUCGGUGCUGUACAAGUUACCAGAGCGACAAACAUCGUAUGUUACAGUAUACCAAGAAGGUUAUCGAAGUUCAACUUGCUCCAACGAAAUUCCUAAUCCGUACAGUCUCUGCAACAAUCUUCCCAAGAUUUGUCACACAACCUCCAACGUCGCUGGUGAUAGCCUUCUUCCUACAACAUUGUCGAGAUGGAGGGUCACGUUAAAUGUCCAGUCUGGAGGGCAGAAAGUUGAAUGGAAAGCGCCCAACUCUACGACAGACCUUUACCUCAUUGCCAAGGUAACGCUUCGGAUGCUUCCUCGCAAGUCUCUGGCAGGUUCAAGAUCGUCCGUCCCAACAUCACCGCCCGAUGAUGUUUGUUGCCAAGGCAACACCUAUCGCGCGUCACUCGUUAGCAGUAAGUGUGAAAACUGCCCAGAUGAAUCCACUUCAAGGCUUGGGGGAUACUAUUGCGAAGGAAACCCAUCCACACCUGGCGGGAAAAAGCACCGUGUUUUUCAGCGAAAAGAUUCACCUAAGCGUGGGCUUUUCACCAAAAGAGGGGUUCUCCCCAAGAAAGGAACCGAAGCAUAAUCCGCGUACAAGAAAUUCUCAUCAUUAA